AUGUCAGACUUGCUUCAUAAAUUAAAUUUCAAAAUUGCUGAUGCAUCCCCUGAAUAUAAACAACGUCGUAAAAUUCAAAUGAUACGUUUUUUCACGGCGUCGGCAGUGACUAUCUUUGCCCUGAGGUUUGCCUAUCGUGCAACUGUUUCUCGUCAAUAUAUUCCUACAUUAUUCCAAGGCAACCAUUCUCCUCCUUUAAGUUAUAAUUUUACUACCGAUGCGGCUGUUGCUGUUGGAACAGGGACAUUGUUGUGUGGAUCAGUCACAGGAAUGACUGUAUUUGGACUUUGUUGGAUCUUGGAUGUUAGCAAUAUAAAAGAGUUUGGCUGGAGAAUGAAGAGUAUGUUGGGAGGAUGGGAGCUGGAAAAGAAACUAAGUGAAGCCCCUAUGGAUGAGGAGAGUUCGUAUAUCCAAGAUAGUUUGAAUGAUAUACUUGAUGGAAAGUAUGAUUUUGAGAAUGACACAGAAGAAGUGGCAGGAGAAUUAAAAACAAACUAA